UUUAUUUACAAAUGUCUAGUUUCACUUUGCAUUUUGAACCAUCAAAUAAAAACUUGUAAUGGAUGUUCAUCACAAUGGUAAUGGAAAAAUUCUACACAUCAUUCAGGAUGAAAAACACAAACUAAACUCAAAGUUUACACUGCAUGAAAAAUCAUAUGACUGUGGAACAUAUUCUUUUACAAACAAAGGAGAAGUGGAAUUUUCGUGUCCUAAUUCGUGUGGUAUUUCCUUCACAUCAUGUUUAGAAAUAUUGACAGACACUGUUAUACCUCUGUUACUGAUUGAAAAAUCAAGUGGUAACACGUUUGAAUAUUAUUUUCUUGGAUAUUCAUUCACGAACUCCAAAUUUAUUCCUCUUAGAAAACUGCAGCUGAGACAAAAAAUCUGUGAUUUCCAAACAGUAGAUGGACCUACAGUAAUCUGGAAUGAUCAAGGUUCAUUAAAUAUUGGUAUACAGUCAAAGCAAAGUUCAAGUUCUUUAUUAGAACAUGAGAUUGACCCAGAGUUAGGAAAAACCCAUUUAUUGUCAGUAAAAUAUUGCAUAGAACACUAUUUGAUUAUUGGGACAAGCACAAAGAACUCUAACAGCUCCACACAGUUGUUUUGCUGUAUUUUCUCUCCAGCACAGUCCAACAUUUCCUUGCCAAGAACAACAAACAUUGAAAUUUGGCGGGUUCUACCAUCUUUAUACACAAACAUUUGCAAGGUUGUUAUUGAAGAUUGUGUGAUAAGUUGCUUAGAAGAUAAAUUUAACAUUGAAUGUACUUUGUAUGCUGUGACUGAUGAUGGAUAUAUCUUAAAAUUCACUAAUGGAAGACUUUUGUUUGCUGUACCAACACAUAUUCAGUGCACUUUUGAUCUCAGACUUGACCUUAUUGAGUGUGUUCCACUGCAGAGAUGCUACUUGAGUCUUUUCACAAAUGAAACUUUAAAGGUCAUCUGUAUUGGUGAUGAAAAGAUCACUCAAACAUGGUCAGAUGUUAAGCAGGUCCUGUGUGAUGAUUUUGUUAAAAAUGGAGGACAACAGUUACUGAUAUUAAAGAAGGAGUUUGACGGGGAAAAAGGAUUCCUUUUGACAGAUUUUAAUAUUGUCCAUGAAGAUACAUGUACAACAACAGAACAUGAAGAAAAUGGAAAAAAUACAGAAGAGAAAAAGUCCAGCACUUCAACAGCAUUAUUUGCAUUACAGUCAAGACUAAGGAAUGAAGUGGUAUCAUUGAAUGAGCUCCAGUCAGAGAUAGACAAAAGAAGAACCCACAUCACAGAGUUAUGGAGGAGUACAGAAUUACUGAACCAGGGAAAAACUGCUGGUUCUACAAAUACAUCGAUGUUGAUCAGUUUGAUUGGAACCGAGAAUGGUUCUGAAAUUUUCACACAUCCAAAGAAGGAAGACGGCUCACCAGUCCUUAAAGUACCUGCUGUAUGGAAGAGAAUAGUGCAAAAUAUUCUUGUUGUAGGUGCUGAGGUCGUCAACUCUUCAAAAAGUGAUUUUGCCUAUGUAACCAUGACUAUGGUACAACCUGAUUGUAAUGACAGUCAAGUACUGACCUUCACCUCAGAAUGUUAUGACCUUGGGAACACAUCAAGAGAUAAUUCAUGUCAUGAUGUAGCAAAAAGAAGGAGAGUUUCAGCUGCAUCCCUUUCCAAUUUUAAAGGCACAGAAUGUUUCAAGGUUAAAUCGGGCCAGUCAGUCACUAUUCUGUGCAAAACUAGUAUACCAAGUUUUAGAUUAAUGAGUGAUGUAAAGUAUGAAAUGUUUAUCAAUGUGACUGACAGUACAAGCCACGAAGAACAUAGAAAUAAGAAAGUAGUGUAUGCAGGGGAGAUUACUCUAUCACCCUUAGACAUAUUGCAAGGAAAACAUACAGUUUCUGUAAAGAAAAACUUGAAUGAGGAUAAUUCUGGAACAGAACCUUUUACAGAAAUCCAGAGAGACAUACUUGCCUUGAAUUCUGUCCAAGUUAGUACACCUCUUGGUGUAAGAUCAACAAGAUUUCCCUUGUCUCAGCUGCAAUCAAGGCUGCAGAAGAAGGCUGGUUUAGUCUCGCUUGAAAAAUAUGAAUGUAUGGUAUUUGAUAAUAUUCAGCCAUUGGUAGAUGUACGAUUAUACAUAGAUGAAUGUGGCGAUGAGAAGGAACUCAAGUUAACUGUUUAUACCAGCUGUGGAGAUCAACUGUACUUGUUACUCCAUCAUUUAUAUUCAUUGCUUCCUGAUGAUGUUUUAUUUAUACCAGCCAAUCAAUUUCAACAUGACAUCACCAAAUUACUGAACAGCUUACAAGAGGAAAUAAAUGAAACAUGUUCAGAAAUCAGUAAAGUUUAUCAACUAAGCCAACAAACUGAAGAUGUAGAGAUGACGGAAGAACAUGACAGUAAUGGAAAACUUCUUUUUGAAAAUGUUCGCCAAAACUUUGCACAGAGAAAACUUAUAGCUCAGAGCAAGUCUAAGCUAGCUUUAAGUGGGGAUAAAUUCAAAAGAUUAUGUGAAAAGAUUGAGAAAAAUCAGAGAAAAUCAGAUAUUAAUUUAAUCAAAUUAGCAACUAAAUGAUAGUAAUAUAUUUAAUAAAUUUUUAUUACAAUGAUUAGUAGUUACUUAAUCAUUAUACUAUU